CAGAUCUUCAUGGAGGAACACGGAGUGACUCAGACUGAACACAUGGCUACCAUAGAAGCCCAUGCAGUGGCCCAGCAAGUGCAGCAGGUCCAUGUGGCCACCUACACUGAGCACAGCAUGCUGAGUGCUGAUGAAGACUCGCCUUCUUCCCCAGAAGAUACCUCUUACGAUGAUUCAGACAUACUCAACUCCACAGCAGCUGACGAGGUCACAGCCCACCUGGCUGCAGCAGGUCCUGUGGGAAUGGCUGCUGCCGCUGCCGUGGCAACAGGAAAGAAGCGGAAACGGCCUCACGUGUUCGAGUCCAACCCGUCCAUCCGGAAGAGACAGCAGACACGCUUGCUUCGGAAACUUCGAGCCACGUUAGAUGAAUAUACUACUCGAGUGGGACAGCAAGCCAUUGUUCUUUGUAUCUCACCCUCCAAACCCAACCCAGUCUUUAAAGUGUUUGGUGCAGCACCUUUGGAGAAUGUGGUGCGUAAGUACAAGAGCAUGAUACUGGAAGACCUGGAGUCUGCUCUGGCAGAACACGCCCCCGCGCCACAGGAGGUUAAUUCAGAACUGCCGCCUCUCACCAUCGACGGAAUUCCAGUCUCUGUGGACAAAAUGACCCAGGCACAGCUCCGGGCGUUUAUUCCAGAGAUGCUCAAGUACUCCACAGGCCGUGGGAAACCAGGCUGGGGGAAAGAGAGCUGCAAGCCCAUCUGGUGGCCUGAAGACAUCCCGUGGGCGAAUGUCCGGAGUGACGUCCGCACCGAAGAGCAGAAGCAGAGGGUUUCCUGGACCCAGGCACUACGGACCAUAGUUAAAAACUGUUACAAACAGCAUGGGCGGGAGGAUCUUUUGUACGCUUUUGAAGAUCAGCAAACACAAACACAGGCCACAACCACACAUAGCAUAGCCCAUCUUGUACCAUCACAGACUGUAGUCCAGACCUUCAGUAACCCUGACGGCACUGUCUCUCUUAUUCAGGUUGGUACAGGGGCAACAGUAGCCACACUGGCUGAUGCUUCAGAACUGCCAACCACAGUCACAGUCGCCCAAGUGAAUUAUUCUGCUGUGGCUGAUGGAGAGGUGGAACAGAAUUGGGCCACGUUACAGGGAGGUGAGAUGACCAUCCAGACAACGCAAGCAUCAGAGGCCACCCAGGCGGUGGCGUCCUUGGCGGAGGCGGCAGUGGCAGCUUCUCAGGAGAUGCAGCAGGGAGCCACAGUCACCAUGGCACUCAACAGCGAAGCUGCCGCCCAUGCUGUCGCCACCCUGGCUGAAGCUACCUUACAAGGCGGGGGACAGAUCGUCCUGUCUGGGGAAACCGCAGCAGCCGUCGGAGCACUUACUGGAGUCCAAGAUGCUAAUGGCCUGGUCCAGAUCCCUGUGAGCAUGUACCAGACUGUGGUGACCAGCCUCGCCCAGGGCAACGGGCCAGUGCAGGUGGCCAUGGCCCCUGUGAGCACCAGGAUAUCGGACAGCGCAGUCACCAUGGACGGCCAAGCUGUGGAGGUGGUGACGUUGGAACAGUGACGCACAGCCACGCCGUGGCGUUGUGUUCUAGUCCACUUCAAAAUUUUGUACACGUUUGCAGCGCUGCAAUCGAAUGGAAUUGAGUCUCGCGACUUUGGAAGGAAAGUUUUGUUAACCCUGUUUUUUUAAAAGGAAGAAGGCAGCGGAUUUUGAAAUUACAUUUUUUUAAAGCACCACUCUUGAAUUUCUGGGAUCGGUGGAGUAAGAAACUGCAUUGUCAAUUUCACUGUCCCACAGAAGCCAAAUUGUGGCAGGACUUCUUUCUGCGGCAGCGUGUGUAUAGUCCAGUGUGUGUCCGUGUGAGUGUGAUGUAUGUAUAUGUGUACAUAUGGACAGACACAUCUACAUAUAUAUAUAAAGUGUAUAUGUACAUACAUGUAUGUAUAUGUAUGAACCCGCAUGGAAUUACCUGUAUGAACUCACGGUGAGCUGUGGAAAUGAUCAUUCACCCAUUUUGUGGGUGAUAGGGUACGUGGCCAGACACAGUCACCUGGUUUUUGUUCAUACCAGGGUCAAACGUUGAGCUACUGACAAACUCAGGCGGAGGUGACCAUGCCCUUCACCAAAGCUGCCUCCCCUAGUGGCCGCCCAGAGCCCUCCCUGGCGGCCUCACCAGAGGAAGGGGGUUCCAGGUCCAGAAAAUGGGCCGCAAGACCCAGGGGCCCCCGGGCCGCCCAGCGCUGAUCUGGCCACAGGCAGGUGAAUGUCCGGAGGGCUCCCAGGCAGGGGCGAGAGGAUUCUCCUCAGCUUCUCUCCUCCCCUCGCCCAGAGUCCUCCUGGAUCUCCUGACCAUUACAAAGUUGCUUUGGUUUUAAGGUCAGCCCUGAACUGGUCAUGUAUGUGAACUGAAGGUAACAGAAGUAUUAAGGGUUUGAGGAGUGCGUGUGCGUGAAGUGUGCUUGCAGGUGUGUGUGUGUGUGAGGCGGGGAAGGGUGGGGAGGGAAAGGAAGGAGCGAGAGAGAAGUGCUCAGAGGCCGGGCACACCCACGGGAGCCAUUUUCUCUGGAUCUGUAGCUAGACGCAGAGGAGACUGGGACUGAAAGGGCCCCUGGGCCCGCACGUUCGGCCCCCGUGCUGGGGGUGUCGGGAGAGGACUGGAUCAGUGCUUCCUGCCUUCCUAGAUCCAGCCUGGCUUCCACCACUGCCCUGGGUGUUGUGUUGUGUGGGGCCGCCGGGGUGUGGGCUGCCCUCGGGCCACUGCCACAGGCCAGACCUCUGCUCCCCGGCUCGGGGACGGCCCUUCCUCCUCCCCGGGCCCCCGCGCGCGUGUGACAGUGUAUUUAAUGUGUGUUUUUUUUUUUUUUUUUUAAUGCGACAUUAAAAGAUUCUUCAUGUCUUGCUCAGCCUUUGAGAAAAGUUUCGGAUUCUUGUAUCUGCUUGUUUUAUAUAAAACUAUCCAAUGUUCUUUGUAUGUUCUUUUCUGUACGUAAUGGGGGGAGGGAAGGGAAAUUUACAUAUAAACAGUCCUAGUUCUACAGUUUGUUAUUUUUUUAAUGAUUCUUUUGAUCGUCAUUGUGAAGCUGUCCAGGGGCGUUAAAGUCCGUGUUCCUUUGUGGUGGGAUAACCUCCUAGUAGUCUGAGAACUUGCCAAGAAGAAGACAAGAGCACACCCCCGUAGCAGAGCAUGGAUUCUGUGUUGUUUUCCAUUCUGUCUAUACUGCCUCAUUCAAUAAAUAGUUGAAAAUGUGGCAACAGGAAGUGGAGCUGUUCAUCUCUAUGAGAGCACUUGGCCACUUAGGAACUCGCUUUUGGGGUGACUUACUCGCAGUGAGUGACCUUUGAACUGUGCCCCUUGGCAGG